UAAAAACUUGAUUUGUUUGAGAACAAUCCAUGGGGAACCGUACCUUCAAGCAUUGGAAAUUUUACAUUCUUGGAGUUUAUACACCUUGAGAAUAAUAACUUGAGCGGUACCUUACCCAGAUCACUUUUCAGCAUUCCCUCUCUGACUGAACUCCGUGUUGAAAGUAACUCCUUUACUGGCGAUCUUCCAUUCGAAGUCAGUUAUUCAAAUGCUCUUGGAAGAUUCAGUGUUUCUAAUAACAAAUUGUCAGGCGAAAUUCCAAGCUCACUAGGCAAUUGUCUCGGUUUAGAGUAUCUCUGUUUGGAUGGGAACUUGUUUCAAGGAUCAAUUCCUCCAGCAUUUGCUAAUCUAAAAGGCCUUCGACUCCUGGAUCUUUCACGCAACAACUUAUCUGGAAAGAUUCCACAAGGCUUGGAGACGUUUGCUCUAGAGUAUCUAAAUCUAUCCUUCAAUAAUUUGGAGGGUGAAUUACCAAAACAAGGGGUCUUUGGAAAUGUCAAGUUUCAGUACUCGGAAAUAGUAAGCUUUGUGGGUGUAUUCAAGAAUUACAAUUGCCUCCAUGCUCUAGCCAAGCUUCCAAGAAACAAGGGAUGUCUGUUGCUUCAAAAGUAAAAUUCUCAAUAAUUGGUGCUGACCUGUUUCUUAUUUCAUUAUCAUGCUUCUUUGCCACUCUUUAUUGGGUAAGAAAGUCGAGAAGGAAUCCUUCUGCUGUGAAUAAGUCGAGAAGGAAACGUUAUGCCGUGAAUAAGUUGAGAAGGAAAGAUUUUGCUGUGCCUUCUGCGGAGGAUUCUUUUAUGAACUUGUCUUAUGCAGAGCUCUCUAAAGCAACAGGUGGGUUCUCUUCUGCCAAUUUGCUCGGCACCGGAAGAUCUGGCACUGUAUAUAAAGGGUUUCUAGAUCGUUAUAAAACUAUAGUAGCAGUGAAAGUCUUCAACCUCGAACGCCGAGGAGCUAUGAGGGGUUUUAUGUCCGAAUGCGAAACCAUGGGAAAUAUUAGGCAUCGGAAUAUUAUUAGGAUCUUAACUUGUUGCUCAAGCAUUGAUUUUAAGGGUAAUGAUUUUAAAGCUCUAGUUUAUGAGUACAUGCCCAAUGGAAGUCUAGACAAGUGGUUGCACAGUGAUGGCCAGGAACAGCUGCAGAGGAACUUGAACUUUCUUCAAAGGCUAAACAUAGCUAUAGAUGUGGCUUCUGCUCUGAUUUAUCUAUACCGAAGGUUAAUCAUUCAUCGAGAUUUAAAACCGAGCAACAUUCUUCUUGACAAUGACAUGAUUGCUCGUGUGGGUGAUUUCGGGCUUGCCAAGUUCUUAUCUGAGGUUGCUCAAACCAGGACUGUUAUGGUGAUGGGAACUGCUGGGUACAUCGCUCCAGAGUAUGGGAUGGGCAGUAAACCAUCUACACAAGGAGAUGCUUACAGCUAUGGAAUCUUUCUAUUGGAGAUGAUCACUGGAAAGGGGCCAACUAAUGACAUGUUUAAGGACAACCUAACCCUUCAUCAUUUCGUUAAAUUGGCUUUGCCUGAACGUGUAAUGGAGAUUGUUGAACCACGGUUACUUGAAGAAGAAGCAGAAGUUUCUCAAUGCAGUGUAAAUCAUAUCAAUACAAUGAAUAGAAUGGGUGACUGCUUGAUUUCAAUGGUCAGAAUUGGUGUGAUGUGUUCCAUGGAAUCUCCAAGAGAACGAAUGGAUAUGGAAGUUGUUCUCAUGGAAAUGAAUGCGAUCAAGGACUUAUAUCUCGGGGAUGAGAUUCACCAAGACAAACAAGUAAUUAGGUCACAGCUGUUACGUGAAGGUCCAUCUUACAUCAGUCAUUCAUGAGAUAUUAUUGGUAGUUAUGCUGAGAAAGAUUUCAAACUAAAAUAAGUUUGUUGAAUACUUUUUUAACAAGCUCUAGAUAUAUUUAGUCUUGGCUUGUCUUGAUGGUGAAUAUAUGGGAAGAUGGCUUCCUAUUCUUUCUUUUUUUUGUGUGUAUGUUUUAUUUCAUGUGAGGCAAAGGGAGAUUGUCCCAUGAAUGUAUGAGACAAAGGCAUCAUCUUAUAACUAUAUGAAUGCUAUUGGGUUAUUGA